UUGCCACCGAAUGAAAGCUGGGAUUGUGAUGUAGGGCGUAUAACUAAAGCACCUUUCACUUCGGUCAGAUGCAACAAUUUUGACACCAGGUAUACUGCCUUCGACUUCUGUACCGAGGCGAUAUACCAUUGAACCCACGGGCACAGGGUUUGGAACCUGGCCCUGGAUAGCAGAUGCACCUAGCCGUUCGGCUUCAGAAAAACCCGCCGUCCUUGUGUUCCUGCAAAGGGUUCACAGUACGAGCAGUCCUGACAGAUUUCAUACUCCCAACCCAGCAAGAGGCGCAAUACUCAACACGAGAUUCAGGUACGAGGCAAUUGUCAGCCUCGAGCGGCAAUACAGGAUACAAGGAACCGAUCCGUGACAGACACGAACUCGGGGCUGGGUUUCACGACGAGGCAUCUUGGUCGACCUAAGUAUUCGUCGGUAUAAGGCACUGCCCAUUUCAAGUCUCGAGAGAAACUGAAUCCAAGAUUCAUCUCAGGGCGCGCAAGAUGAAACCUGAAUGUCAUGCGGCAAAGUUUGUGUAAGGAGUCCAAGUUUCCUGCUUCGUACGUCGUUCCAGAAACCACUUCUCACGUCAUCCUUCGCGUCGUCCUUCCAUCGCCAGUUAAUUCUUCCC